UAGUCAUAUAUUUUGAUUUCGAAACCCCUUAAUUUUUCAUAUUGUCAGAACUACCCCAAAUUUCAUCUAAAGUCUGCUAAAAACCCCUUCUACGAAGCCCUUGUUUUCCCUACGCGCCACCUUUUCCCUGCAUUCGGAGAAAAAAACGUUUGUGAAGAAAUUGAAAAUGGCGAUGGCUUCUUCUCUUCUCCGUCACAUAUACAAACCCCAGUUUCACAAAUUUUCAUCUACCAAAUUCGGCACAAGUAUAUUCAACUCCUACUCCAAUCAUAUCAAUCCUAAUCCGCUCGCACUCCCAUCCCAAGUGAGAUCUGUGGCUACUGCCAUAGAAACAGUGGCUGGAUUCAAUGAAAUGGUUUCUGGAUCACAGAGGAAAUAUUACAUGUUAGGCGGAAAAGGAGGUGUCGGAAAAACGAGUUGCGCAGCUUCUCUUGCCGUAAAAUUCGCAAACCAUGGCCACCCCACUAUAGUGGUUUCAACUGAUCCUGCUCACUCUUUAAGUGAUUCUUUUGAUCAAGAUUUGAGUGGAGGGGGGCUUGUUUCGGUACAAGGUGUGGAUUCUCCACUAUAUGCACUUGAGAUAAACCCUGAGAAAACGAGGGAAGAAUUUCGAUCCGCGAGUGAAAAUGGUGAAGGGGGUGUGAAAAGCUUAAUGGAUAGUAUGGGCCUCGGAAUGCUUGCUAAUCAGUUGGGCGAACUCAAACUUGGAGAGCUAUUGGACACUCCUCCACCAGGUCUCGAUGAAGCUAUCGCAAUUUCCAAGGUUAUGCAAUUUGUGGAUUCCCAAGAGUACAGUAAAUUUAGGCGCAUUGUUUUCGAUACGGCUCCCACGGGUCACACACUUCGACUGCUUUCAUUGCCGGAUUUCUUGGAUGCAUCUAUAGGCAAGAUGAUGAAGCUCAAGAAGAAAUUAUCUUCAGCAACAGCAGCACUUAAAUCGGCUUUUGGUAAAGGAGAGCCGCAGCUAGAUGGUAAUGACAAGCUAGAGCAACUGAGGGAAAGAAUGGUAAAAGUACGAGAUCUUUUUCGCAACUCAGAGACCACAGAAUUUGUCAUCGUCACAAUUCCCACUGUUAUGGCACUAAGUGAAUCUUCAAGAUUGUGUGCAUCUCUGCUGAAGGAAAAAGUCCCCGUACGAAGACUUAUCGUAAAUCAACUGCUACCUCCAUCAGAGAGUGAUUGCAAGUUUUGUGCAAUGAAAAGAAAGGACCAGAUGCGUGCUCUUGAUAUGAUCAAGAAAGAUUCCGAACUGGCAAAAUUGAAACUAAUCGAGUCACCGUUAAUCGACGUAGAAAUAAGGGGUGUACCAGCUCUCAAAUUUAUGGGUGAUAUUGUUUGGAGAUGAAUACUCGUUUUCUCGAUAAAAGGUUAGUUAUCACUUCUUUAACUUACACAAAAAUGUGGAUAAUAGAACUGAAAAAUAAAAGAUCCUUCAUGCAUUUAAUCUUUGCAUCAUGUUUAUAACGUGUCUGAAAAUUCCUCCCCAACACAUGAAACAUUCUGUGCAAACGUAUAUACAUUUGUCUGAAAAUUCCUAACUCCCGAUUCCCCUGUGCUAUUAUGGGAAAUGUAAUCCCAAAACGAAGAAAGAAACCAUUUUUUACGGAAUUUAAUUACUUUUUCUGGAAAGUGACGAGGCAGAAAAAAGCAACGGCUCGACUUAGUAUGCCUGUAGCAAGAAGGUAGGCUAGACAA